ACUGCUUAUCCUUGUCCCCGUCCAUCAUGGCGCUCAGCAAAACAUUUGGACAAAAACCGGUCAAAUUUCAGCUGGAGGAGAAUGGAGACUUCUACAUGAUCGGUUCCGAGGUGGGAAACUACUUGCGUAUGUUCAGAGGCUCCCUCUACAAGAGAUAUCCGUCACUUUGGAGGAAACUUGCAUCCGUGGAAGAGCGGAAAAAGAUCGUAGAGUCGUCUCACGAUCACGGCUACACUCAGUUGGCCACCAGCGUGACUCUCCUGAAGGCCUCAGAGGUGGAGGAGAUUCUUGAAGGCAACGAUGAGAAGUACAAAGCUGUCUCCAUCAGCACUGAGCCACCCGCCUACCUCAGGGAGCAGAAGGCCAAGCGGAACAGUCAGUGGGUUCCCACGCUGCCCAACAGCUCCCACCACCUGGACGCCGUCCCGUGUUCCACCACCAUCAACCGCAGUCGCCUGGGCCGCGACAAGAAGAGGACGUUCCCUCUGUGCUUCGACGACCACGAUCCCGCAGUUAUCCAUGAAAACGCCACGCAGUCGGAGGUUCUGGUACCGAUCCGACUGGACAUGGAGAUCGAGGGACAGAAGCUGCGAGACGCCUUCACCUGGAACAUGAAUGAGAAGCUGAUGACUCCCGAGAUGUUCGCCGAGAUCCUGUGUGACGACCUGGACUUGAACCCUCUGGCUUUCGUUCCUGCCAUCGCAUCGGCCACCCGGCAGCAGAUUGAGUCGUACCCGACGGACAGUAUCCUGGAAGAGCAGACGGAUCAGAGGGUCAUCAUCAAGCUCAACAUUCAUGUGGGGAACAUCUCUCUGGUGGACCAGUUCGAGUGGGACAUGUCGGAGCGGGAGAACUCGCCGGAGAAGUUCGCCCUGAAGCUGUGCUCUGAGCUUGGCCUCGGCGGGGAGUUCGUCACCACCAUCGCCUACAGCAUCCGAGGCCAGCUGAGUUGGCACCAGCGGACGUACGCCUUCAGCGAGAACCCUCUGCCUACUGUGGAGAUCGCCAUCAGAAACACGGGCGAUGCUGACCAGUGGUGCCCCCUGCUGGAGACCCUGACAGACGCUGAGAUGGAGAAGAAGAUCAGAGACCAGGACAGAAACACAAGGCGAAUGAGGCGACUGGCAAACACUGCACCCGCCUGGUAGAAGAAGCAACAACAGCGCCGCCUGCACAUGCCACAGCUAUGCUCUGGUUGCAGACCAAGUUCCACUCCGGCGGUUUUUAUAUAUUACAUUUCCUGGUGUGUCCGGAAGUUUACCGAUCCUGCUGUUUCCCCGUCGUCAUGACGACGGUCCCGGCUGGUCGGGAAGGAACCCGCUCAGAUAAUAUAUGGUUUUGUCGUCUUUGUUGUUCUUUUGUACGUUCGAAUGAUUCUUACAAAAUUAAAGAAAAAGUUGUCAUGAUGUCUUGGA